UUGAACGAUUUCUUCUAUAGUCUAAUCCUAACCUAAAAAUUACUGUCAAUAUUUACUUUCACGAUAAUAUUUUCGAAAAGCUCUUUGGAAAAUUAACGAUAACUAGGAACGAAGUAUAUUUAAUGGCUUUUCCUCUCUCUAACAAUCAAAGAGAUAUAGCUAAUCGUAAGCUACUGGAAGAUCUCCAUCUCAAGAAGCAAAUAUUGUUGAAGCAGGGUACUGCAUCUACAUUGAACCCUUCAGCUCUACCACUGUUAGGAUCAGCCAUUCAACUACAUGGCAACGAAACACAACCAUUGAAUUCACAUCAUCAAAAAGCCUUACUUCAAGCUAACGCGCAGUCGACUGGAUAUUUCAUAUGCCAAGACUCUUCCUUUGGUAAUUUAAUACUACCAGUUUUACCCAGAUUCGACAACAUCAAACAAACCUAA